AUGGAAAACAUUCAUUUAUGCGGACUUUUAAAGGAUUCUUCUAAACUUGAAGAAAAUUGUAGAAUUAUUUUAAAACGUGAAAUUCCUUCAAAUUUUAACGAAAAUAAAAAUAAUUUAUUAAUAUUUUUUGGAGAAAAAGAAAGUCCACUUUUGCCGCUUUUUGUGUUAACAUUAAAAGGAAUAAAUAAAAUAUUGCAUUAUGAACCAAAAGAAAAAAGUUUUUAUUUGGAAAGUUCAAAAACAAACAAAUUAUUAAUGAAAAGAAUGUAUUUGGCUGAAAAAGUUAAAGAUGCAAAUACAAUUGGAUUAGUACUUGGUUAUGUAUCAAUGGAAUGCAGAAAAGAAGCGAUUAGUAGAGUUAGAAAAUUAUGCAAACAAAGAGGCAAAAAACUUUAUGUUUUUUAUAUUGGAAAGUUAAACGAAGCUAAAUUAACAAAUUUUGGUGCAGAAAUUGAUGUUUUUGUAAUGCUAAGUUGCCCUUAUGGAAUUUUAUUGGAUGGAAAUAAAUUUUUUAAACCAAUAGUAAGUUUAAUGGAAGUUGAAAUGUCACUUAACCAAAAUACUCCUUAUGAAAAUAUAAAAUGGACAGGGGAAGCUUCAAAUAUUCUUGAAAAUAAAAUUCAAGCUUUUACUGAAGAAAAUGAUGUUGAUAUGAGUCUUACAUCUGGCAGUGUGCGGUCCUGUGGGUGUGAUUCAACUAAUGGGGAAGAUGAAAAUAUGCAAAUUCUAGAAUAUUCUGCAGGUGAUUAUUUCAAAAAGAGAACAUGGAAGGGAUUGGACGAUAAAGAAUGUUUAAAGGACGAUAAAAAGAAUUUUAGUGAAUUAAAAGAAGGUUUUAGUGGAAUUGCUUCCAAAUAUGAAAAGGAGAUAAUAAAUUAA